AGACAACCGAAGCACUGGCCAGCACCAUGGACUUCACCCCCACCAUCCUCCAGUGGUUUGACGUCCCCUACCCCGACUACACCCUCAACGGCCUCAAGGUCAGCCUGACCGGGCGCUCGCUGCUGCCUCUGACGUCAUCACACCAGGGGGCGGCCCAGAACUUUACCUGGACCUACAGUAGUCAUGACCUACACGAGGUCAGCUUUGUCCUUCCCUCAUGGUGUCAUUUUACCAGAACAAUUAAUCGUUGACCCUAUCCAUACACCCCGAUGUCAU